AUGGUUGCUACUUCAACUGACUUCGUUUUUCCUCCAACCGAUGGCUCUGUACCUCCUGCUCUGGCCAUCGACUUCCAUCUCAAGUACAAUCCGAACCACCUAUGGUCGGCUCUAUACAACAUCAAUGAUUCCUCCGAAACCAACAUAACCUAUGAGCAACUUGCUCAUGCUGUCCAUCGUGCUGCUCAUAUCUUGAACCCAGGGGGAAAACUUCCCCAAGGAACUCAGAUCGGGCUCCUUAUAUCGACGCAUACAAUCCAGUACGUCGUACUGAUACUUGGUGCGAUGAGGGCCGGCCUAGUACCGUUCCCCAUCUCACCACGCACUCACGUCCCAGGCAUCGCACACCUGCUGGCAUCCACACAAACGUCGCUCUUAGUUACCGGAGGAAGCGAAUCGAUUGCUGACAUUACCCUCCAACUCGCCCGCGACCUAUCAGAAAUGGAAUUUCACGUACAAUUUCUCGAAAUGCCUCCUUUGGAUAGCAUACUACCGCAACUUUGCAAGUCCAGGAUCCAGUCUGAGCAUAGGCCUUCCCCACCACUGAAGCCGAUCACUGCCGAAACAACCAUUUGUAUGCUUCAUAGCUCGGGUUCAACCGGAAUGCCAAGGCCUGUUAAACUUCAUCUUGAAGGCGUUUUUAAGAACUUUAUCAAUCAGCCGUUUGGAUGGCUAUAUGCCGGCGGAAUUCGAUUCGGUACAAUGGCAUUGCCGACGUUUCAUGCGAUGGGCAUGUUCCUUCAAGUCAUGAUGCCUCUCUACGCUGGAUACACCCAGGUCAUGUUUGCGCCCAGCCGUAUUCCUGUAGUGCCAACUCCAGACCUGACAAUCAAGGCGGGAAUUGGUGCCAGGUGCGAAUACAUGAUGUGUGUUCCGGCAUUCUUAGAGGCAUGGUCUGUCGACGAGAAUGCGGUCUCGCAACUUCGCCGGAUGAAGGGCAUUAUGUUCGGUGGAGGCGUUCGUAUUCAUUGCUGCUAUGGUGCCACUGAGGUCGGACAUGUGCAUAAGAUUUGGGACCUGGAGGGGCCAAGCGACUGGGGAUACAUCAAGUUCUCUCCACAUGUUGACGCACGCUUUAUCCCUCAGAACGAUGCGGAUAAUACCUUUGAGGUGGUUUUUGUAGUAACAGAUGACCAUAAGCCUUUCGUCCUGAACUACGAGUUGGAUGGUAAGCUGGCAUACAAAACCAAGGAUCUUGUAGUCGGGCACCCUUCUAAGCCAGAUUUGUGGAAGAUUUUUGGGCGACUUGACGACCAGAUCGUUUUACUGAAUGGCGAGAAGACUAAUCCUGGCUCCAUGGAGGCCGAGAUAGUCAAAUGUCCUACUGUGAAAUCUGCGAUCAUGUUUGGGCGCGAGCGAAACCAAACCGGCGUAUUAAUAGAGUUUGAAGAGUCUUCCAGAGACUUGUGUCGAACAAACCAAGGUGGGAUUAAGGCGCUGGAAGAGAUAUGGCCGUUUGUUGAGCGAGCUAAUCAAGCAUCUCCCUCCCAUUCGCGUAUUGCCAGGGAGGCAGUUUUAUUUUCAGACCCAGCUCGCCCUUUCCCUCGCACACCCAAGGGGGGCGUCUCGCGUUCGGCCGCUCUCAAGCUCUACGCGCGUGAUAUUCAGGAAAUGUAUCUGGAACUUGAGACAGAGCCGAUGGUGACCAAUAAUUCUAGCCCUUCAGGGUCAUACUCCGGCCCGGAGGAUAUGGAAGAAUGGCUUAAGACAUGCGUUCAAAACCUUCUAGGUCGGAAAAUCGAUGUGAGUGAGGACUUGUUCCAACAAGGGAUGGAUAGUUUAACAGCUACAAUGCUUCUUCGUUCACUCAAAGGCACGCUGAGUACUGCUUCAAAGAUCAACCAGCGAACUAUUUUCGCCAAACCCACGGUCAAACAACUUGCCCGGGUGCUCGCUCAACUCUCCAGUAAAAACGACGAUAAGGCCGACUCAACCACAGAAGCCCUUCAAGACAUUCGUGCAAUGAUUCAAAAGUACGACAAUGGCCGAUCUCAGCCACUUGCUCAUUACCGUCAAUCGACGAAGGAACGAGUGGUUGUAACUGGUACCACAGGUGGACUCGGCUCUCAUCUGCUUGCUCAACUACUUAAGAGCGACAGAGUCGAGAAGGUGUGGGCAAUGAAUCGCAAAUCGAGUAAAGGGAAUAAAGAAAGACAGACCACAUCAUUUCAAGAUAAAUUACUUGACGUAAACUUGCUGAAGAGCGGGAAGCUGGUGUUUGUAGAUGUUGAUCUCGAGGACUCCAGACUAGCGCUGAGCAAGGAGAUCGAAGCAACCGUCAUGAUCCACAAUGCCUGGCAGGUCAAUUUUAACCUCAGUUUGCAGUCCUUUGAGCCCAGUAUUCGCGGUGUGCACAACCUUCUCGAUCUCGCAUUCCAGUCCACUGCUCCGACCGGAUCUCCACUAUUCGUAUUCGCCUCAUCGAUUGCUGUAGCUGGGUUCGCUCGUCCUGGAAGUUGUCUGAGCGAAGCCCCUGUUACGCUCGAAGACGGGGCGACCAGUAUUGGAUAUGGGCAGAGUAAGCUGGUCGCCGAAAAGCUCCUGGAGUCGGCAAGUCGUGUCGGGCUAAGGACAUGCAUUAUUCGGCUUGGCCAAUUAACUGGAGACGCUAUCAGUGGCUCAUGGUCUACUACAGACUGGGUCCCAUCACUGGUCGGGUCAUCGGUUUCCAUAGGAUGUUUGCCUGGUGCCAUUGGGACUGUAUCGUGGCUCCCGCUCGACGUGGCCGCUCAUUCAAUCAUUGAUAUAUGCAUUGCCCAUAGUGCAGAAAUACCACCAGUGGUGCACGCAGCUCACCCUCAUCCUGUACCUUGGAUGGAUAUUCUUGCGACGCUAUCCGUGGUUCUUGCAUCUCGCACCGGCUCUCAUCUUCCUAUAGUACCAUUCGAUGAGUGGAAUAAGCGUGUUACUCAGGCUGUUGAAUCCUUCAGGGGCUUAGAACAUGAGCGAUUCGAGCGAUUCCCAAGUGCUAAGAUCCAGAGCACAGUAGAUGGGAUGGUGCGGGCUGACCUCGAGCUUCGGACACGCAGGGACGCAAGCGAUGCCGAGUCGGGCGGAACUAGCUCGGCAUAG